AUGAACCACAUCGAAGAAAUUUUUGACAAAGACAAGAUCGCCAGAUCCACUAAUAUAUAUGGGAAUCUGGACUAUAUGAAACUCUACGAUUCUCUUGACAGUACUGACAGAGCUACAUUUGAGAGAAUGUACGAGAGAUUUAAUCAAAAUAGGGAAAAGUACUUGGAGACGAUAUCCGUAAACUAUGAGGAAACGCUUCCUACGAAAGAAUUUAAAAACCCAGUGCAUAAAGCAAAAAGCUCAGAGCUGGUUUGGAAAUGGAGGUUUGUGAGCGAAGAGUACUUUACAGAGUUAUUGCAAAAGACCAACAGACAGAAGAAGUUGUCUGGCCUGGAAGAUACAUUGACCAAGUACAAAAGUGUAUUUCAGAAGAUCAAGCCAAAAGCACUUGCAAAAAUUUUGUCUCAAGAAAUGUUUUAUUUCGUUUUGAAAAUGCAUAACAAAAUUGAUGACCAUAGCUACUAUGUAUCCCAGCUGUCGCUAAGACUGGGUCAAAAAGUGGAGGAGGCGUUCAGUCAAGUUAUCAUGACUGAAUACUAUAGAAGUACCAAAGACUGGCAGAACACACGUAAGCUAACGCUUACUAAUAGAUAUCGGUCCAAGUAUUGGUUACAUUCUAGUGAACCAAAGUGGUCAGCCUUUGACAUUGCAACUGUAGGAUCGAGUUUGCUUGCUGUGGCAUUGAAAUUAUUCACAGUACCUACUCCCAACCGGUUUAAGCCAGGCUUUGAACCAAAGCCUGCGUUUUGGCACUCGAUGAAACUUGAAAAGACUCGUAAUAUUGGCAUCAUCAGAGUGAGCGAAGCUUUGUUAAAGAUAAUCUCCAGAGAGGGAGUUGCCGAGGCUCUGAAGGACACAGGUGUAAACCAAUCAUUCCCAUUGCUGGUGAAACCACGGCCCUGGACAGCAUAUAAUGAAGGUGGUUACUUGUAUUCGUCUAAUACUUUGUUGACAAGUGAAUCCAUGGCAAACGAACAAACGGCAUAUGUUAAGGAGGCCAUUGCUAAAGGGAAAAUGGACAAGUUUCUCGACAGUUUAGACGAUGUUUCAUCAUGUGCUUGGGGUAUUAAUCAGAAGAUGCUCCAGGUUAUAGAUGAGAUAUGGUCGACAGGAAAGAUGUUUUUAGACAUCCCCGCCCAGCCUGAAGAAAUGGAGUCUGUGCCAGAUGUCUCUGGAAAGCUGACUUACGAACAGAAACAGAAACUCAUUCAGCAACGGGUCAGACUGUCAAACAAGCGGGCGGAAAGAAAUAAUCUUGGUAACGCACUAGAAACAGCCAAACUAUUCGCAAAACGCGGAGAUCGAUUUUACUAUACAUAUCAAGUUGAUUUUCGAGGACGAGUGUACCCAGUAAGUUCUAGCAUGUUUGUCCACCUAGGGCAGGAUUCCAUAAGGAGCUUGUUACAGUUUUGGUAUUCUAAACCGCUAGGAAAAGAGGGUUUACGAUGGUUGAAAAUACACCUUGCAAAUAUGUAUGGAGUAGACAAAUUGUCCAAUCAAGAUCGCGAAGACUUUGUAAAUACCCAUAUGGAAGACGUAAUAGAUUCGGCAGAAAGGCCACUUACCGGAAAUCGAUGGUGGACUCAAGGAGAAAACCCGUUUCAAGCCCUCGCGACUUGUAUGGAAAUUAAUGAGGCUAUAAAAAGCGGGAAUCCUGAGUUGUUUCUGUCGAGAAUUGCAGUAAACCAAGACGGAUCUUGUAACGGUUUACAGCACUAUGCAGCAUUAGGAGGUGAUGUUGGUGGAGCAGUUCAGGUCAAUAUGAUUGCCAAUGCUACUAAACCAGGUGAUGUCUAUUCCGAAGUAGCCAAAAUUGUUAGUGCCAAGAUAGAGCAAGAGGCAGUUGAGUCGAAACCAGUAGCUGAAGAAUUGAAAGGAAAGAUAAGCCGCAAGCUGGUUAAGCAGCCAGUAAUGACGAGUGUUUAUGGAGUGACAAAAUAUGGAAUGGUUAGACAACUUGAUGAGAGGUUCAAAGAUAUGGGGGUUGAUGCUAUCAGAAGAUCAAGAUACAGUCCAUAUGUAGCACAACUUAUCUUAGAGGCAAUUGGUGAAUUGUUUUCAGGAGCCAACAAAAUUAAAGAAUGGCUGAGCGAAUGUACACAGCGAAUCAGUGAAUCAGUAAGGGCAGACGUUUACAGACGUGAUAUUGUGAGUGACAAGGAGUUUAUGACAAAGCAUGUUACAGCUAUGAUAUGGACGACACCUCUUGGAUUGCCAGUUGUACAACCUUACCGACAAACUCAGCAGAUGGUAGUAAGAUCAACACAACUACAAUCGAUGAACCUAUACAAUCCAUUUGCAUUGAGUUUUGUAGAUAAAUCACGACAAAGACAAGGCAUUGCUCCGAACUACAUUCACAGUCUGGAUUCAACUCAUAUGUUGAUGACAGUUCGAGAAUGUGUUAAAAAGGGUCUUUCAUUUGCAGCAGUUCACGACAGUUUCUGGACCCAUGCGGCCUCAGUGCCGAGUAUGAAUGCGAUACUUCGGGAGCAGUUUGUUGCUCUGCAUCAACACGACCUAAUCGAGCAUCUUCGCAACGAGUUCAUGGCUCGCUACAGCGGAUACAUGCAACUAGUCCAUGUGCCGAUAUCAUACAAGUCGUACAAGGAGAUCCAGAAGCUUCGAGGAACGAAUAAAGAGAUUACCAGUCUUCGGCACGAGUUAAAUCUCGAAUUGAAGAGAUUUAAAGGCGACAAGUCAAUAAUUAGCCCUUCCACUAUCCUAGAAAACAACGGUGAACUCAGGAAUUACACCCGUGUAGGUGGUCAAGCAGGAGCAUUUGCCCUUGACAACACCUCAACGAGCAAGAAGACAUCUCUCCGAGUGUUUGUACCACUCCAGAUUCCACAUGUUCCAUCCCAAGGAGACUACGACGUUGCACAAGUAAGACAGAACGAGUACUUCUUCAGCUGA